CAAAUUAAGGGGGUCGAUUUCAAAAGGAUGACCGCUCUAUGGUUUAAUUGCCAAGCAAUCCAAUAUUCUAAUUAAAAUAGUCGCCGGGGACCCUCGUUCGAAAUUUGACGGCUUGGAGUCUCUUUCCUGUCACAAAAUUCCCGGCCAGUAGUAGCCGAUCCUAAUUGAUUUGCAAUUAAAAUUUGAUCCACUUGAUGACUUGAGACAGUCUAAUAUAGCGUGACGCAGUUUGUGUGCCAUGGAAUCGAAAGGGUUGUUAAAGAAUGAACAGUUGUAUCAGUAUGUACUGGAGACUAGUGUGUACCCACGCGAACCACAGCCUCUCAAGGAGCUAAGGAAUGUCACUGCUAACCACCCAAGGGCUGGAAUGGCCACUUCUCCAGAUGCUGGUCAGUUGAUAGCCAUGCUCUUGCAGCUAGUAAAUGCAAAAAAGACAAUAGAAGUGGGAGUCUUCACUGGAUACUCCCUUCUCCUCACCGCUCUUUCUAUCCCUGAGGAUGGAAAGAUUACUGCCAUAGAUGUCAAUCGUGAGACAUAUGAGAUAGGACUGCCAAUUAUAAGAAAAGCUGGUGUUGAAUACAAAAUUGACUUCAUAGAAUCUGAGGCUCUACCAGUUCUUGAUAAGUUACUGAGAGAUUAUGGAAAUGAAGGCAGUUUUGACUUUGCUUUUGUUGAUGCUGAUAAAGUCAAUUACUGGAACUACCAUGAGAGGCUAAUUAAAUUGCUAAAGGUGGGUGGAAUAGUUGUCUAUGAUAACACUCUCUGGGGAGGGACAGUUGCUAUGUCUGAAGAUUCAACUCCAGAGGUUAUGAAAAUGGGCAGACAGCUUACAAUUGACCUCAAUAAAUUGCUUGCAGUUGAUUCUCGUGUCCAAAUUUCACAUGCUUCACUGGGUGAUGGGAUCACAAUCUGCAGGAGACUUUACUGAUCUUUUUUGCUUGAACUUUAAACUUAUUUUACUUGUUUUCUGAUAUUGAGCUUUGAGUACAAUAAUUAUUCACAUAAUUCACACACAAUGGAUUUCCAUUGUGCAGGAAGUCUGGUUGGCUAUAAACAUUGAUGGCGAAAAUCCCAUCAUUUGUGUUCAAAAGAUUUAAAUAAAUUUAGCUUCUGCAACAUUCCCUAUUA